CAGAAUCGUUGAGAACACUGAAGAGUGAAGUCUGACACCUGAAACGGUACUCCCCUUCAAAGCUACAGUCCCGGUUUCUGAAGACAGACGGCAUGGGUUCAAUAAAAAUGAGCCAGAUGUCUCAGGAAGCAGGAGAAUACCCAGACAUUAUCGACCUGAUAAGUCUUGCCUGGACUCGAUCACUCCUGCUCUACGAAACAUGUCCAUCAGACGGAUGGAUGGCCUACACUCAUCCAGAACACUCGUUCAAAUGACGAUGAUGAACGUCUUCCGCGAUGAGUUAUGCAGA